UACCUCCCUUCUGUUUUGGACUGACCAAACCCUAUCAGAAGAGACAUUACCAGAUAUGCAUUUACCAUAAAAACAAACAGAAAUACGGUCUUGUAGUGCAUUGGCAACAUGUAUUGUGAAUGGGCAUCACUGCAGGGAGAAAUACAAUGUGACAAAGCUAACCAGAGUGUGCUACACAAGUUCCCAGCGACAGUUGGAAGAGAUGUUGCCUACACGGUGGUUAAAAGUAUUGCUCAGAACUUGAGCAUUGCUGGUAGUAACUCAGAACCUAGUCACUUGGUAUCUGACAAAGAAGUCAAAUGGACUAUGGAGGUAUUGUGUUUUGGUUUAAGUUUACCUUUAACAGAACAAGACACUAUCAAGGAGUGUGUUGGUGUGUAUUGUGAUUGGCUGUCAGCUUGUACAGAGCCUAAGGCCUGUGUACCCAGACCUGUCAUGGAAAACCCUAACCCAUAUACUCAGGAUAUUAUACAUCAUUUACUCAACUUGUUUGUUCCAAGACCAGGGUCAGUUUUGGACCUUGUUAAAAGACAAGCCUUGCUAUGUCACAGAACUCUGAGAGCUAUAGAAGAAGUUGCUACAAAGUCCACCAUUUUGACUAGAGAUACAUGGGAAACUUUAUUAAAGUUUUUAUUGGCUGCCAAUGAUAGUCUGCUAUCGCCCCCUACAGAAAAAGACGACACUGGCCUGAGUUCAUACGAUAUUGGUGACCAUUUAUGUGAGCGAGUAUUAAGUGUGUUAUUUGAGAUCUGGUUGUUGGCCUGUUACAAAUGUUUUCCAUCACCAUCAUUAUGGAAGACAUUCAGGAACAUGUGUGUUAACUGGAGACAUCAUGAGACAUUAGUAGUUCAAUGGCAUAAAGUGAACCAUGCACUGACAGCCAGACUUCUCAAGUUUUUAUAUGGACCAGAUUAUCCUAUAUUACAGCUGGGCAAUGUUCAAGAGGAGGGAGGAUCCCAGUUGAUACCUGAUGAUAUGUCUUAUGACACAAUAGCCCAGUGUUGGUUCAGAUAUCUCCACGUAUUAAACAAUCCUGUAGACUUAUGUCAUCCAGAUAUCAUUAGUAAUACACCAAAGUUCCGACAACAUACCAUGCCAGGGAAUGGUGUGGUAGACCCUAUACAGCAUGAAUGUCUUAACAAACUGCCAUAUAUCUUCUUCAGGGCAAUGAGGGGUAUAUCCAUAAUGGUUAAUGCAUUUCUAGGAAUUGCUCAGUCUGUAAAAGCUGAAGAUGAGCUUUAUACAACACAAAUAAGUCGACAAAUAUCAGGUCCUUCCACACCACCCGGACAAAGAAAGCCAGGUCGUCCUAUAUCAUCUGUUAUAGCAGGCACUUUACAGAAAGGUUCAAAAAUGGCAGCAACAGUAACUACUCCCAAAUCAUCAACCCUACCCCCAAACCUAAGUGGUCAUGUGUCAUUUGAUGCUAGGCAACCGUUAGCUUCUUCAAGACCCAGAUGUAAUAGUAUUCUUCAUCUUUUUGGUGCUUGGUUAUUUGAUGCAGCUCUAGCCAGAGUGUCUCUUCAUCCUUCUCACAAAGAAACUGCCGAUAAAGCAAGGACUGAGAGCAGAUCCAGUUCCUUCACAGAUUCUCGUCAUGCCUCCAUAUCGCUGGACUUCCCUGUCAUGGGUCUGAAUGGUGACAAUACCUAUGAAGCAGGAAGAGCUGAAGCUAUAGGAGCAUUAUGUAGAAUAUUCUGUGCUCACAAAACAGGGGAGGCAAUUCUACCUACAUAUUACUCCAGAUUUUAUAUUGCUAUGUAUUAUGGACUUCAAACUGGAGAUACGAUGAGUGGACAGGUGUUAUCCAGUAUUUUUUUUAAUUCCUGUGAUCUUCUCAGAGUAAAUCUUGAUGGUGUACAGCUCUUAGUGCCAUAUAUACUGACAUCUAUUCAACUUAUACUGUCUGAAAAUAGUUUACCAUUCAAGUUAAAUGAUGACAGGACAAUAGAAUUACGGAGAUCCUGUAUCCACCUUUUGUUAUCUAUGUUGUGUUUACCUUUACAUUUUAAAGACCUAAAGAUUAAAGAUUUUGUACCAGCAGACAAUGUCAACCAAGUAACAACAUUCAUUUCACUGCGGAAAAGGAUUACAGAAUUACUACUGAGAGCUUUGUUGAUAGAGACUGAUCCUACAAAUACUCAGAUGUUAUUAGGUGGAUUAAUGUUAGCUGUUCAGGACCAAGCGAUGUUUGAAGAAGCAGAACAGAACACUUUACAGCCUCAACAUGAUACAAGUACAGACUCAGAGGCACAUGCAGAUACAAGCCAUACAAGUGUAGGGACUACAUCCUCAGACUCAAGCUAUCAAGAAUCAGCCUAUCAGAGACUGCCUCAGGCAUCACAUGAUGUUGAAUCUGCCUAUGGACUGUUUGGACAAGCAACAUCAGAGGUCUGUACCCGGUUGAUGGUCAAUUGGAAGACAGAUUUGAACACAGCAUUAGCAGCCAUGGAAUUACUAAGUGGUCUGGCAAAGGUUCAGAUAAAACCACCCAAUCUACUGAUGUGUAAACGCACAGUCAAAUGGAUCUGUGACUUUAUUGUGUUCCAGUGUAAUCGUCCCUCACAGCACCAUACUAGAGAUCUACACUCCAUGAUUGUAGCAGCCUUUAAGUGUUUGACACUAUGGUUGGUGGAGCACAGUAGACUGUUGUAUGACAAAGAAUGUUUACAUAAUGUCCUAGAAGUGGUAGAACUUGGUAUAUCUGGGUCAAAAUCACAGAUAAAAGCAACCGAGGCAUAUUCUGUGACAUUAAAGGACUCAAAAUCUGUAUCAUUAAAUAAGAAUCGUGCCAGUGAUGUACCAAAAUUCAAAGGAGAUAAGGAGUUAAUGCCAGCAUCAAUGAGAGUAAAGGAGGCUGCUGAGGGUGUACUCACUGUCAUAAUUCAACAUGUGGGAGCUUUUCCUCCACCAUGUGGCCCAGAAUCUUUGUUUUCAUUAUUGGAUGAGAAAUCCUUACUGAAGUACUGUAAAGGCAAUUCUUUACCAGAGGCUGGAUCUCCAUUUAAAUACUUUGUAUUGGAUAACUCAAUUAUAGUUGGGUUACUAGAACAGCCAUUAGGAAAUAAUGAAGAUCCAUUACCAACAGUUACAGCUUUAAUAAGAGGACCAUUUGGAAGACAUGCAUGGACCAUGCAAUUACGACAUUCACCGAGAAAUAAUAAAAUAAAUUCUCGAUCAAGAUCACGUUUGACAGACCCAGGUCGACCAUUACCUAUGGAGAAUGUUGGUAUUCAUCACAAUAUAAAACACAGAUACUUCCCAGAAUCAGCUGAUAAGAUACCACCCUCCAAAGCAGAUAAAAGUAUACCCACAUUAGAAUCUCUUGUGAAAGACAACGAUCGUACAGAUCUGAACAAACUGAAAUCAUUUAUUGACAAAGCUGUACAGUUUGAAAAUGAAAUCAGUAGGAGGAGUAAACUCAACAUGAAACAAUCACCAUUUCCUAGCCAGGAUAUUGAAUGUAAAACUCCAAGAAUUACACAGGAAUACCAGACAGCUAGAUUGUUCCUAUCUCAUUAUGGUUUCUUGUCAUUAGAAGCUUUAAAGGAUAAUAAUAACAGCAGUAUACCACCAGCUUUAGUUAUGUUAGAUACAACCAAUUCGGGAUUGUUUACAGAUUUGGAGAUAUUAGAUACUGUGACUUCACGUGACAAUGAUACUGUUCAUAUAUUCUAUGUUAAAUCUGGUCAAAAGAAUUUUCAUGAUAUUAUAGACAAUGUAACAUCAAGAAGUAAUGUACAGUCACAGUUUAUUGAGUUCCUUCAUUCACUUGGAUGGCCUGUAGAUGUAAGAAAGCAUGCUGGUUGGACUGGACACAUAAGUACAAGCUGGAAAGUCAUGGAACCAGAGGAAGAUAUCAGUGCAUCAGAUUACCAGAUGAGUACGGGUGGGAGUGUGUAUGAUGGUAGACAACAGGUAUUAUACUGGGCAGAUGUUUCGUCAGAGGUCGCUUUUGUUGUUCCAUCUACAGAAUCGAGAAUAUCAUCUAGUAACAGUUCUGGAGAUAAAUCUCCUCUUUUGACACACAAAAUGGCUGAGAGGGCUGCAUCAGACAUAUCUAUUAACAAGCCAAAGACUCUGUCAUUAGAUAGAGCUGAUCAUGUAGACAAGAUAAAGGGAGACAGUCCAAAUUCCCCACACGAUCAACCAAUUUUCAAGAAGUCUGGUCGUCAACCUGCUCUGAUGGCUGGUCCAGAUAUAAAAAUAUUAGUAGUUUGGUUGGAGAACUUCCAGGAUCAUGAGAACUUCCCUACUGAGGAUAUACUGAGUGUGACAAGGACAGGUAUGGAACACCUGAAUACUUCAUUGAUGUCAUCGACCACCAAAUCAGCAGAGAAAGAUACCUUCAUAAUCUUUAUUCAUGCUUUACAAAAUGGUUUGUUUAGGAUACACAUGCAGGGCAUAACAGGAAGAAUCAAUAUGGCAAUACCAUUGAUAGAUGGGAUGGUGGUCAGUCGACGUACGUUAGGACCAAUGGUCAGACAAACAGCAAUUAAUAUUGGUAAAAGAAAAAGAUUGGAAAGUGAAACAUAUCAACCACCACAUGUAAGAAGAAAGUUAAAGAUUCAGGAGAUGGCCAAACAGUAUCGUCUAAAAAUGUCCGAGCCUGAGUUCUACACGGCACUAUUCCAUGACGUACCAAAAUGAAGAUAAAUAUUCAACACAUAUCUCUGUUUGAAAAUACCUGAAUGUUGAUAUCUACAUUGGGCUAUCUAUCUCAAACUGAAACUGUUGUCAUUAAUGUUAGAUCCAUGCAGUAUACAUUGUCUUUAUUUCGUGUUUCUACUUAUAAACUCAUCUAAAUCUCUUGUCUGAAAUGAAGAUAUUGACAACUGUUUGAGGGAUCAUUGUAAAGACUUAGUAGUGGACCAAAUGGAGACAUGUAUGAUGUCUUUUGACGACCACGACCAAUACUACUACAUAGAGCUUAUUAUAGAAGGAUCUUUGCAUAUAAAUCUGUUUAGCAAUGACCCAUAUCAAUAUGUUUAGAUGAUAUUAGCAGUCUGAAUGCAUGCUGAUGCAAUUAGCUAUUACCAUUUUCACUUCAUUUAGAUUAUAUAAGUGGGCUAUGUGUACAUAACUGUGUUAAGCUCUAAGGAUCAUCACUAUGUGCACACAAAUGUAACACUUUUGUUAUGACAACUACACCUACAUUUAGCAUUUAGAUUAUAUUAGAGGGCUAUGUGUACAUAAGUGUGUUAAGCUCUAAGCAUUAUCACUAUGUGCAUACUCGAUGUAACAUUAUUAUGACUACUACACCUACAUAUAGAUUUUAAUAGAGGGCUGUGUGCAAUGUAUCUGUGAUAUUUUAAACAGCUUUUUACAACAUAUUCAAUCAACUAAACAUUUUAGAUGGAAGGUAAAACUGUGGAUUUUAUAUUAUUUCUGGGAUACCAAUUUACAUUGAUUUACAGAUGAACAACAAAUUUAAAUGUUCAACAAAGUAAAAAAAUAGUAUUGGUUUGUAUGCAGACUUUUGUUAAACCACGAAAUCAAUAUUCACGAAAUAUAAUUUUUCAUUAAUCCACAAAAAUUUUACCUAUAAAUAUAGAUUAAUCCACAGUAGUUUUUCCCAUAAAAAAUAUGUUUGAAAAGGCAACAUUUUAUUAGCAAAUUGUUUGGGGUGUAAUAUAUUGUUUAGAAAAGUUGUUAAGCCUUGCAUUAUUCUUAAAUAUUUAUUGCACUAAAUCAUAACCAUUUAAUAAGUAAUUUCAAUAACUGAAGUAAUCAAAUAAUUAACACGUGCCAAAUUCAAACAUCAGUAUUCAUCAUAAUACUAACAAAAAUAUACCUUAGAAAAGAUUUGACAGAUUUAAAGUAGUAGUUGAACUUUUAUUUUGGUUUUCGUAGCAUAUCUUUCAAAUAAAGGAAAUUUUCUACUUUCUAAUAAGAGAAAUAUGUUAAGAUACUAGUAUACAAAGAUUAAGCGAGUAUGUACACGAAUGCCAAAUUCAUGUUUUGUUGCCUUAUUAUUUGUAAAAGCUUUGGUUAUGUUUAAGCAUUGUAAUUUAAUAUUGUUCAUCUAGUCUGAUAUCUGUACUACACAUGCAAUAGUGCUGUAAUUGUUAAUAAUUGUUAAUAAAAUAUUUAUUGAAAUUAAAGAUGUUUUUAAUGAACAGAAUCUUAUCUAGCUACCAGAAGAAUAUUUUAUGAUCGAAUCGAAGGAGCUAAUUUUUGGUGGAUCCCUUUAAUAAACUUGGUUGACAACUGCUACUUACUUUGAAUUAUCAAUAACAGCACAUUUAUUUGAUAAAGUAGCACAUCUACUUUUCUAUUGCAAUCUAACUUCCUUAGUCACAAAUCACUAAACAUUAGAAAUCAUUCUCAUAAAAUAAGUAAUAUAUCUCUGCAAUAGAAAAAUAUUUCAGUACAACUAUAGCAUCACUCUAACAAUAUAUAUAUAUAUAUUAUUCUAAUAUGACGUUCUUCAAACGCUUUGAGUACACACCCGUGGUAAAAUAUGAAUAUAUUUUUUGGGCUGUUCCGAUCAUACUCCCACGUCAUAUGUUUUUUUGUGAAUGAGCUACCCGAAGUCAUUGAACGAUGACGUAAGAAUAUAAGCAUUUUACGGGAAAAUGCAUGAUUGUGAAACCUAAAAUCAUGACAACAAGGAAACGUAAACAAACGAUGAUAAAAUGUGUUGUAAGCCUUUUUUUUUUUUACAUAUAAGUAAAAUUAUCAUUUAAAUUUAUCCAAACCUAUCUAAAUACGUUAUUGCAAAUAGUUUAAGCAUGUCACUAGUUCAGUUUGCUCUGUUCUUUUACGUCAAUGUAAUAGUGUGUUUAUUUACGGGAACGGCAAAUAUUUGCCUUCACCUAGAGCGCCGCGAUCCAAAGAAUUGCCAUAUUUGUCCUAUUAGAAUAGAGAUAAUUCCUAGGGGCUUGAAUUUAUACUGCUUAUACCACGGGUUUGCCCUUUAUUGCCGAUAUUUUACCCCUUGCUGUCGCUCAUGGUAAAAUAUUUAGCAUAAAGGGCCAACCCAUGGUAAAAUCAGUUUAAAUUCAAGCCCUGAUGAAUUAUUUCUUAAAUAUUCUUUUCAACAGUUGCAGUCUAUUGAAAAUAAAAGUAUGUCUCCUCAUUAUAGGAACACUAGCAGAUAUAUUUACAAUAGAAACACAUCUCUCUACGAUAGUAACAUACUUGAUUACAAAAGUGGCAUGUAUCUCCAAAUAAAAGUUAUAUAUUGUC